UCUCUUUUUACUCCAAAGUUUCGCUGUCAGCAGUCGCUCAGUUUCUGUACCAACGUCAUCGAGAAACCAUCAUAUAAAGAAAAUGUCCUGAACGAAAUUCGUUCGUUGACGUGAGCUCGUCAUUUUGAAACCGGAUAACAUAUAUAAGAGAUGUUACUUCCGUUACUGCUCCUAGGAUGUAUCCUCACUACAAUGGGAGGUUACAUUCCUCCGGGACCAAAAUAUCGAUGUCCAAUAGAGGCGAGUCACAUUUGGCCAUGCGCUUGUAUUAAAAAUACAGACGAGGGACUUCAUAUAAAAUGUGAAAACAGUAAUUUAGCCAGCUUAAGUUUGGCAUUUGAAAAUUUAGGAAAUGAUGGAAUUCCAAUAGAACAAUUAAUUCUUUACAAGUGCAAUAUUGCUCGACUUUAUGGUCCAGCACUUUAUCAAUUGAAUGUCCGAAUUUUACAUAUCAUUGAUACGCCAAUAAAAUUUAUUGACGAGCAUAGUUUUUUGGGUGUCAAUCGAACGCUACAGGAACUUCAUAUAAUUGGUAGUAAACUGGAAAAAUUUCCAAAUCAAGCUAUACAAAUUUUGGGUAAUCUUACAAUUUUAAUAAUUAGAGGCAAUCGAUUGGAAUCAAUGAAUGAUGAAAGUUUUCAUGGAAGUCUGGCGGCCUCGAAAAUUGAAAGGAUCGAAAUAAGUAACGGUACAUUGCAUACAAUAACAGUGGAAAGUUUCGCUCCCUUAAAAAAAUUAAAAUCAUUGGAUCUUCAUGGCAAUAAUAUAAAGGAAUUAAAGAGAAAUCAAUUCAAAGGAUUAAAGGAUAUGGAGUAUCUCGAUUUGUCCUAUAAUUCCAUUGAGAAAUUAGAAGCAUCUCAUUUGUCUGAUCUUACAAAAUUAAAAAUAUUGAACGUCUCCCACAAUGCACUUGGUGAUUUGAAAAGAGGAACGUUGGCAAGAAAUUCUCUCCUACUUCUCUUGAAUCUUAGUCAUAAUAAAAUAAGAAAAAUUGAUUCCAACACAUUUCGAGGAAUGCGACAAAUGAGAAGACUCUACUUGAGUGACAAUUUAAUAAAUGACGUUGGACGUAGUACUUUUGAAUCGGUGACAAAAGUUGCAACCAUCGACUUGGCACGUAAUCAAAUUAAAAAAAUUGAUUAUCAAAUGUUUAAUCAACUUAAAUAUGCUGAGAUGUUGGACGUUUCUGAAAAUAUGGUGACAAUUGUUGAAAAAUUGUCAUUCAAAGAUCUCACAAGUGUUCAUGUGAAUUUAUCACACAAUCGAAUUUCUCAAAUUGAGCCAAGGGCUUUUGAAAAUUGCGCCAAUAUUACUGUUCUCGAUUUAAGUUUUAAUAAAAUUAACAAUUUUUCCAAAAAUUCGUUUGAUCCCAAUACUUAUGCCAAUGAAUUGCAACUUAGUUUUAAUUUCCUGACUUCUUUAAAUCAGGUACCAUUGCAAAAUAUGACGUACAUAAAAAUUUUAAAUGCCUCCCACAAUGCAUUGCAUUCAGUGCCAAGAAAUACAUUUCCAAAAUUAUAUGAACUUCAUACAAUUGAUUUAUCAUAUAAUAAUAUAUCAGAAAUACAUAAUGGAAUAUUUCAAACAUUAUUUAGUCUUCGUACAUUAAAUUUGGCAUAUAAUUCAUUGGAAAAAAUUCAUCCAUCAACAUUUGGACCAUUGACAACUUUAUUGGAAUUGGAUAUGAGUUACAAUAAAUUAAGAGAAAUUUCACGUGGAAGUUUAACACGUUUAGGAAGUUGCAGGACUUUGACGGUUAAACACAAUAAUUUGACGAAAAUUUUCCAAUUGCCAAUUUCCCUAGGUCAUCUUGAUUUUUCUGAGAAUUCCUUGGAGGAAAUUCCAUUGUCAGACACUUGGCCAACAAUGAAUGCACUUUUAUCACUUGAUCUAUCAAAAAAUCGUUUAACUGAUAAAUUGGGAUAUGGCUGCUUUGAUAAUCUUUUAACUCUGAGGACAUUGAAUCUUGCUGAAAAUAAUAUUACAAAACCACCGUGGGAAGCAUUAAGUUCAUUGACAAGUUUACAGUAUCUUUAUUUACAGGAUAACAAUUUAACGGAACUAAAUAAGGCAGCAUUUGGAAGAUUACCAAUUGUUUUUGAAUUGAAUCUAUCAAAUAAUCAAAUUAAAAAAAUAAAUCAACGAGCCUUCGAGGGACUUUUGCAAUUAUUAACCUUGAAUUUAUCCAACAAUAAUCUCACUCACAUUUCAAAUGGUGCAUUCCAAAGUCUUGUAUCGUUGAGAAAUUUAGAUCUCUCUUUUAAUAAUUUAGAAAAAUUAGAUAACAAAACAAAUGGAUUAUUAGAUGAUUGUUUGUCAUUGGAGAAAGUGAAUCUUAGUCACAAUAAAAUAUCAUUCAUUACAAGAAAAAUGUUUCCCAGCAAUCCUUGGAUUCCUUAUAAAUUAAAGGAAAUAGAUCUUUCCUAUAAUACAAUGCCAGUUCUUACAUUUGACAUCACUAUAGGCGGAAAGAAACUUGUUAAUCUCAAUCUAUCCCAUAACAAUAUCAACGAGAUUCGAAGAUAUGUUAUUGGAAAUUUAACAAGUCUGGAAACAUUGGAUUUAUCAUUUAAUGAUAUCAAUGAUAUUUCGGAGCCAGAUGUUUAUAAGCCACCGAUAAAUCUGACAAAUUUGAUUAUGAAGAAUAAUCACUUUACUCAUUUACCAUUUGAGAAAAUUGUUGCCAUGCCAAAUUUGAAACUUUUGGAUAUUGAGAAUAAUCAAUUUACAAGUUUUAAUAAACAUUUGAUGACGAUUAUCAAAAACAACACUGAAGUUCGAUAUAAUGGUAAUCCAUUGUAUUGCGAUUGUUACGUAAGACCAUUGAAAAGAUGGCUCAAUACAUUCACGGAAAUUCCAAAAGAAUGGAUGGAAAUGAUAUGUUCAGGUCCAAGUUUUAUUGAAAAUCAUCUUCUUUCUGAAAUAACUGAAGAUUUAAUGACAUGUGAAGAGAAAGAUAUUUCAGAAGAUUCAAAAUUAGAUAUUACACCUGACAUUGAAUACAGGGAACUGGAAUACAAUGAUGAAGAUGAUUCGUGGAAAGCCACUUGGUAUGUGACAUCAAGAGAAGACAUUGGAGAUUUUUAUAUUGUUCUACGGGAAAUUGGCAAGAAACCUCUAAUCGAACAGGAUGUUGUUUAUAGUGAAAGAUCAUUUAAAGUAAAUACACUACCAAAAUCAAUGUCAAAAUACGAACUCUGUAUUCUCGCCAGAGAUUCGAUAGGUAAUGUUAAACAUUUCCGAGAUUCUCAAUGUCAAUUAUUAAAUCAAAAAUUUACUAGUUCUGGAAGUUUAUCUCUUCCAUUAAGCACAAUUUCAUUAGUAUUUUUGACUUUUUUGAAUAAUAUCACAAAUUAAAUAUAUUUAAUUUUAUGAUCACGAAAGAAUUUUUUAUUGAUCUGUUAUAUAUAAGAAAUUCAACAUAAAUUAUUUAGUGGUCAUGAAAUUAAAUAUAAAUGAAAUAUUAAUAAUUGAGAAAUUGGAAUAUUUUCUUUACAUGGAGAAAUUAAAAUGAUCAAAAUCUAAUUUGGAAAAAAAAAAGUUAACAGAGAAAUACUCACAAACGUGAUAAUUAAACUAUAGUGAUAAUAAUAAUUAAUGACUGACAAAUGCAAUUGUAAUUAAGUGCUCUUAUUGUUAUAUAGAGAAUUUUUUGAAAAUUCGAAUUUAUUCACGCUGUAAAUAUUUUGUUUUAUACAAAAAGAAAAACACCAAUGUUGAUGAUUAAUUAUUUAUUUUAUAUAAAAAGAUUGUAAUUUUUAUUUUAUAAAAGAAAAAAAAAUAUUUCCCUCAAUCUA